UCUAUAUUACAGGUAAAUUCAGGCUCGUGGAGUUUGCCAGGAUUCGUUUGCGACUUCUAUAUAGCAAUGGACGUAACCUGCAGUACGAGUUCUAUCUUCAAUUUGGUAGCAAUCUCCAUAGACAGAUAUAUAGCAGUGACGCAGCCGAUAAAGUAUGCCAAACACAGAAACAAUAGAAGAGUGUGGAUGACGAUACUGUUGGUCUGGGCGAUAUCAGCCGCGAUCGGCAGCCCGAUUGUUCUUGGCUUGAAUAACACUCCCAAUCGGUUACCGGACCAAUGUCUCUUCUAUAAUACAGACUUCAUCAUAUACUCAAGCCUAUCCAGCUUCUACAUACCCUGUAUCAUCAUGGUGUUCCUCUAUUAUAACAUAUUUAAGGGUCUACGAAAUAGAGCGAGAAAAGCUCGAGCUAAUCGAAAACCAAAUCUAGUAGAUAUAAAGCCGGGCAGUAUCAUAGAGAAUAUCGCGAACACCCGGAGGUGAGUAAACGUUUGUAUUCCG